CAGUGCUUGGCCACAACUGUUGCAGCAGCAGCGGUGGCGGUGGCAGUGGUGCUGAUAUUGGGAAAGCAGUGUCAGGACAGCGGUGGCAGCAAGAGCUGCAGGACUGGCAGAGGGCAAGGCACCAUGGCCCUUGCUCUGCGCCUCUUCCUCCUGCUCCUCCUGGCAGUGGCCUUGACUGCCAGGGCUGCCCAGGCAGCUCCGUGGCGAGCAAAGGAAGCAGAUGAGCAUGCUGGGAAAGCUUCUCCAGCACCCUGGCUUCAUGAAGAUUUGCUGCCUCUGGAGCCUCCUGCAGUUACAGGUGUGUCAGCAGAUAAGACUUUUCAAGAACCUUUCCUGGUUGCUUUAGGAAAGCCUAGCUCCCAGGAAUCAGAUGAGCAUGCCUGGAAACCUUCGCCAACACCCUGGCAUCAUGAAGAUUUGCUACCUCUGCAGCCUCCUGCAGAUGUGUCUGCAGGGAAGAGACUUCAAGGUCCUUUGCUGAUUGCUUCAGGCAAGCCCAGCUCCCAUCACAUGGGUCUGCUGAGAGGCAGGAACAAACCUACAGGACCUAAGUCCCUGAAGGCAUCCAAACACUUGAAACCACUCCUGAGUGAUCUGGAGAGACUCCGUGAGUUACAGGGAAAGCCUGUGCUCAAGGAAGCAUUUCCCAGACGACGCAGUGGCACAUUGCUAGCCUCUACUGAAGGAAGUGAGGUCAUACCCAAAAUAGUCACAGGAGAUGAGCAUGUUAGGAAGCCUCCUCCAGCACCCUGGCUUCAUGAAGAUUUACUGCCUCUAAAACCUCCUGCAAGUGUGUCUGCACGGAAGAGACUUCAAGGUCCUUUGCUUGUUGCUUCAGGCAAGCCCAGCUCCCAUCACAGGGGUCUACUGAGAGGAAGGAACAAACCCACAGGAGAUAUUAAGUCCCAGAAGGCAUCCAAACACCUGGAUAAAAUCCGGAGUUACCUGGAAAUACACCAUGAUGCAGUCGGUGUCUCAAGACAUGAUAAAACUAUGUGGAAAAGGAUGAGAAGUGUUUUCUGCUGGGAAACACAUUGUUUGCUGAAGUUAAUGGCCAUUGUGGCUGGUGGGGCACUGCUCCUGAUGAUGUGUUUUGCCGGAAUCUGGUAUUGCUACAAAAGGAAACAGUGCUCCUGUGCAGAUACAGAAGAGCAGCCCAAGGGCACAGGCAGCGACAACUUGCCUCGUGACAGUUCUCCAUGUCAGUCCCCAUGUGCCCUGGCGUGGCUGCACCCCCGUCUGCGGUGCACCCCAGCCCCUCCAAAACGAGCAGCCCUGCCCCCGAGCCCCCUGGCCCUGCUCCCCGGCCCAGGCUGAAGUUGGGCAGCCCCUGGUUUAUGUUCAAAUAAAGAAGUUGCGUUUUCAG